AUGGCUACCCAUGAAACAAGUCCUAUCGAAUAUUUGUUUAUCGCUCAAUUAGCUGGACUUAAACAAUUUACUAAUCUUUUAUCAUAUGUUCCUCAUCUUUGUCGUUUAUCAAUUGAUCAUUUACAUGGCUAUGAUCAUAAAAAAAUCCAAGUAUUUCCAAAAGUGUUCAAUAAAUUAACACAUGUUUCUCUUAGAUUAGAUUAUAUAACACUCGAUGAAUUUGAACCAAUAAUUAGACAUUUUUUUCAUCAUCUUCAAGUUUUACGAAUUUCUACUGGAGAUGAUCUGGCAUAUUUGAAUGCUAAUCGAUGGCAACAAAUAAUUUUGUCACAUAUGAUUCAUUUACAUAUUCUUGAUUUUCAACAUUCGUAUAAUUUCACGGUCUAUCAUAAUCAAACUUUUUUUCUUCUCUAA